AUGUUAAACAAAUUGUCUAGUGCCGCCAUUAUUUUCAUCUAAGUGGAUAAUAUGGUUAUGAUGCAGUCCCCAAAGUCGGACUCCGGACAGCCCGAAAGCCCUCCAUUAUCGCAGCCCAACUCUCCUUCGCUUCCACAAGGACUAAGUCCAGUGAUUAAUGAAAAACUCUCUAGUAACAUAUUAUUAGGCCUUACACCAACUACAGCUAGUCCGUCGCAGACACAACAAUCGGCUAUACUCACUCCGCAAUCUCUCAAAUCUGACGGAUUACUGAUUAGAUUUCAUGAUUACCAAGAUUCAAGAUUAUUAUUAGACAGCAAAAACUUUGAAUUGAAGAAUAAACUUACUUUGCUCUCCAAAGAGAAAGGCAACCUUUGCUCUUCAAAUAGUGAUCAUUUAGUAUAUGCCACAAAUGAACGUGAUCUUUUAGAACCAAGUGCAAAAUUUUCAAUAGAGAGACUAAAACAAUUAGCCGAUCACAACAUAAAUAACCGGCUUAGUCCAUCUGAUCAGGAAAAAACACCUUCGGGAAAGUAUUCUAUUGACCAUAGUGCGAAAUAUGUGCUGUCCAAUGAAUUCGAUAUGCAACCUUUGCCAAAGCAAUCGUUUUCUUCAGUUCUAUCUAUCCCAGUGAUUCCUGCACCAUCUGUGCUAACGAGUUUACACUCGGUCGGGCAAAAUCCAGUGCUCGAAUCCUCCAGACAACAAAAAUCGUCAUCUCAACAUUCGGGACAUACCACACAAGAUUUACAUUCACCGAAGCAACAUCCCUUCGCUAGUAAAUAUCCGCCAAUUUGUGUUUCACCGGCGGAUUUAGAUAUCGAAAGAUUCAAGAUUACACGGUCUGCCACAAACGAUAAAGAACUGUCGGACUUUGGCUUUCGGAUACAGCUGGGUGGUUUGACGAGUAACUAUGCUAGAAGUGAUACCAGUGAAGAAUUGAUUGUAGAUGAGAAUGAAGAUAGUUCACAUGAUGCUACUUCUGGAUGUCCUGUUGACCUAACGCGUUCUAUAGACAGCAGCAGUGCAAAAUCAUUGGCUAACAGUGAACAAGAAAUCACCCCAAAACGAUUGGCGUUUUCCGUGGAAAAUAUUUUGGACCCGAAUAAGUUCAAUGGAAAACAUAAUCAGAACAAUAACAACUGCAGUGGCAUCAAUCACAACAGCAACAACAAUAAUGGUGCUAGUCAAAACAAUGAAGCCAGCUCUUAUAAUAGUACUAGUAACAGCAACAACAAUAAUAAUAUCAAAUUUUGGAGCGGAUUCGACCGAGAGGACAAAGCAGACGACGACCAAAGUGAUUCCCGAUCAGCAAAAGAUAUGAACGAUAUCGAACAGGACGAGCUUGGAGAUGAUACGAUGGGAAGCGACAUCGACGACCACGCAAGUGAGACCGACUCUAAAAAGGAUUGCGGCAGCAGUAGAUCGGGAGAUGGUAAAUCACAAAGCAACAGUUCUAAACCUCGAAGGGCGCGUACAGCAUUUACUUACGAGCAGCUGGUGUCACUGGAAAAUAAAUUUAAAACUACCCGGUAUCUAUCGGUUUGCGAGAGACUGAACCUAGCAUUAAGCUUAAGCCUCACCGAAACACAGGUGAAAAUUUGGUUUCAGAACCGUAGAACCAAGUGGAAAAAGCAAAAUCCGGGAAUGGAUGUAAAUAGUCCGACUGUGCCACCUCCAACUAACGGAGGAUCUUUUGGUCCUGGAUCAUACGCCAGUAGCCUUUUGUACCCACACGCUGUGCCCUAUCCACCGUAUGGGCCAUACUUUCAUCCAUUAGGUGCCCACCACUUAGGUCAUUCACAUUCGUAGAUGGCGGAUUGUACUCGAAAAAAUUUUGCUUCUUAAAAUGGUCGGGUUGUGCAAAAAUGUAAAUAAACAUAUUCAAUAGAAAGUCAAAAUCAAAGUCAUCUGAUUUAUAUAGCGUGCAAUGUAGUGUAUAUAAUAUCAAUAACAAUAAUAAUAAUAAUAAUGAUAAUGAUAAUAAUAAAAAUAAUAAUAAGGAUGCUAAGUAGAUAAUAUAAAAAAUGAAUUAAGAAGUAUUUGUAAAAUCUGUAAAAAAAUGCAAACGACG